AUGAGUAGCUUUGAGGACCUUCCCUUCAGGAUACCCAUGGGUGCCCUCGACAAGCCACUGGAGAAGUUCCCAGAGAUCACUGCUCCAGAAGUAAACAUCCCAGAUUGUCUCCAGCUACUGAACGACACAAGGUACGAAUUCACUCUGGAGCACUGGGUGCUGAGCCACUACUGUAGCCCGGCUUCAGAGGAGUCAUCGUCAGGCAGCCCUCUUCCCUCCUGCCCUCCUCUCAGCCUCAUGUUCACCAGCCCGCAGGAGAGCCGCAGGUCCAGGCUCCGUCACGGCGAGAGGUGGGAGUCGCCAGGGUCAGGGCGGCGGCCCCGUAGCCUCAGUCAGGGCGCUACCUCGGACACCAACCAGAAAUACCCGCCGUCCCAGCAUCACCAUCAACCCCUCCUGCUUCGCCAUCGCUCUGUCAAGUUCCUCAUGGCCUCCGAGUGUGACGCGGGCGGGUACUCCGAAGACGACGAGAGCUCGUCCUCAGACGAGAGCGCCUCGGUUUUUGCUUACCUACCCUGCCAGUGCGGCAGCAGUAGCGAGAGACCCCGAAGUUCAGGCUGCAGACGUCAGGCCGGAGGAGGGUCCAGCAGCAACAGCAGCAACAGGCUGAAGGACGUCCAGCAUCAGAUCUCCUCUCCGCAGGUAUCCAGGCAGGCCUCGCCGCGGAACAUGGCUCGCCCCCCCCGGAGGUCCACGUCCAUGGGCCAGGACAUCCAGCUGGUGUUCUCUCCUCAGCGCGUGGCCAGCCCGCAGAGCCCUCGCACUCACACUCCUCACGGCCCUCCUCGGGUCUCCAAGAAAAGGAGCAGCACCCCAACCUUGGGAGGUGGGAGGAGGCACUCGCUCACCCAGCAGUCGCCCACCAUGGUGAAGGCCACCUUCACUCUGGUGCCACCCAGGCCUUCCUCUGCUGGGACCGCCAGAGGUCAGAGAUCCACUUCACAGAGGAAUCAGCGAUGCAAAACAUCACAUGGCCGCAGCUCGGGGCCGGACUCGUCAGCAGAGCUGAUGUCUGCCCUGAGUCAGGACGAGAAGGAGUUGCUGGACGCGGUGACUGAGCGGGGCUAUUCGCUACGCACGGCCAUCAUCGCCAUGCAGAGAACUGGCCUUCGCAAGCCAGAGCAGAUUCUGAGGUACCUAGUGGCCUGCAAACGCCUGUGUGGCAUGGGGUACGAACAGAACCACGUGGAGGAGGCCUUGGAGAUGUUUGAAAACAGUGAAACCAAGGCAACAGAGUUCUUGCGACUCCUAACCCAGUUCAGGGAGAUGGGCUUCCAGCAGAACGCUAUCAAGGAGGUUCUCCUGGUGCACGGCAACCACCGGGAGAGGGCCCUAGAGGAGCUCAUGAUGGGCACCUAGUAGGAGCAGAGCGCCCCCCACAGGACAUCAGUAUCUCUACCAGUGGUUCCCAAACUUUUGGGACGCCUUUUGGGACCUAAAGCUAUUUUCGCAUUCCUACAUAUUGCAAAUACUGUUACUAACCAAUUUGUGGAAUGGCUAUAUCACAUGAAAUCAGACAUAUUCAAGGUUUUUUUUUAAAUAAUGCAAAUCCCCUUCUCUCUGCUCUGCGAUCCCCGAUAGGGGUCAGGACUCCCAGUUUUGGAACCACUUUUACAGAUCUCUGCAACAUGUUCUUCACCUACAAUGUACAGUAUAGUACAGGACAGCACAGUAUGGCUUCCUACACGUCAUCUUAACCUCUCAGAUUCAGAUCUUACAUCUUUAGAAGACACACCUUCUACAACCCCCUUUCAGCAAUGGUUAAAC